AUGGCUGACCGCCUCAAAGUGUCUUUACCCGAGCCUUCGCUUCGCCUCUUGCGUACGCAUGUUGGCGUUAAGAGGGCCGGCUUGAGUAGCACCCCGGGGGAAACAGGGGCUGGUCACAAUCGGACUAGCCAUUUAGCCUGUCGUCUCCUCCUCGGGGCUUGGUUACCCCUCGCCCGUGCUGUUUUCUCUACUGUAUGCUCAGUUUGCCCCAGUCCACUGCAAGCUAUCACUUCAGAACGCGCCAGUCGCAUUCUAUAUGGUACUUCUGGUCAUAUUCCAGGCUCAGGAUUCGCGACCGGCACGCGGCUUGCUAACUUGGCGUCGGAGACUUCGAAGGUUGCAAUGUCGGAGUCGGAACUCGGAAUCGGUGUCCCGGCAAUCUGGUCAGAAUCAGGACAGAUGGAUGACUCUCCCGAGGAAAUCGAGUCGGAGGCGAGUAGAGGUUUGUUGUCAUUACUAGAUCUUUGGGAAAGUAUUCUCAUCUGCGAUGAUUUCAUUUUCCCUAGUUCUCCAAGUCUGCAACGGAUCCCCAGAUGCCCCGGUUAUCGCAUUCGUCUCAAAGGUGUUCUGGAUGGAGAAGGCAAGGGGCAUUGUGGCACCGAG